AAAUCUGAAAACACACACAAAGCAAAAGAAGAUAUACUAAAGCUUUCUGUCCCUAUCUCACUUCUCUGCUUUUCUUCCUUCUUACUCAUUCCCUUCCUCACACUCUAUCGUUUAGCAACUAACCAAACAUUCCUUUUAAUCUUUUUCAUCUUUUUAUUGGACUUAACUCUCUCACCAUGUGAUGUUUACUUACUACUUAUUUUGAUGACUCUACACUAUCUCACUUGCUAUUUACUUUUCUUACUUCAUAUCCUUAGUGCAGUUUUAUGUAACUAAUUCCAUAAUUAAAAAAAACAAACACAUUCUGCUUCUGAAGCUAUAUCCCAUGUUUCAUGCUGUUAUUAAAUUGAAAUACCGGAUACAAUAGAACUCAUCUAUUUUGGCCUCAGUGUUAGCUUGAACCUUGAAGUUUAUUAUUAGGAGGGGCAGGAUCUAGAAACUCAGUUGUGGAACAUAACGAUGAAUGAUGCGAAAUUGAACAUUAAUGCUCCUCUUAUGUCGGUGAGGCGCUCUAUUUGUACACCAACAUCCUCAACUGAAUCAAAGAGAAAGAUAUUACUAGAGAAUUCAGCACAAGCACUUUGCUACUACAAAUCAGACACGACUCGAGAUCAGGUAAUAGAACAUGUUGCUGUGCCUUUUAAUUGGGAGCUUAUGCCUGGUAGACCUAAAUUUGAAAGUAAGUUUAGGUCCUCAAGUAAAUCAAAUUCUUUAAGGGACAUUGCGAACAAAGGACUAGAAGACGAGAAGUUAAAAAUUUUGGAAGAGGAUGAUGAUGAUGAUGACGAGGAUGAUUUUUCCGACGCCUUAGAAACACUGUCUUCAACAGAAUCAUUCUGUGUAAGUGGUGUAAGUGGCUUGGAUAAUUUGGAUGGCAACAAGUGUAGAACCUCUUCUACUGAUGAUAAACAAGAUCAAGAGUUCAUGAUGAACCGCUUUUUACCUGCAGCAAAAGCUAUGACUUUACAACCACAUCAACAUGCUCCAAGAAAACAUUCUGUUCUGCUACAACAACCUAGCACCAAAUUGGUUAGUGAGGAAAAGAAACCAAUUGUUAGUAAUAGGCAUAUUACUGAUAUUAUACCAUACACUUGUGAAGAGGAGGAAGCAGAAGAAGAGGAAGAAAGUGACCAUGAAACUGAUGAUUAUGCAAAUAUUUCAGAUAAGGGUUGUGGAUUAUUUCCUAGUUCAUGCAUUAAGAAUUCAUUUUGCUUAUUAACUCCAAUUCCUGAGACAAAAUUGGGGAACCAGAUUCCCAUGUUGUCUUUCUCUGAGGUUGAAAAACCUAACAAAAGUUCUCUAUUUAGCUCUCAUAGAUCAGGUCCAUCCAUAAAGAAGGCUUGGGAUGCUAUUCAUAAAAGCAAAUCAAGCUCUGGAGCUGAUAUGCACGAGGCAAGAAAAAAAUGGACUAGUGAUUCAUUUCGUCGGUCAGGAGCUACUGCUACUGGCGUAUCUUCUUUUCGAAGUAAGCCUCAAUCUCAGGCUGAGAAUAAUCAAUUAAGAAAAUUGAAAUUCCCAAGCCAAGGACAUGAAAGUUUUCAGGAGGUGCAAUCACAAGGAGCCAAAAGAAGUUCAAAUUCAAGGAACCUUUCAAUGGAAAAAACAUUGUACAUAGAUACUGCUAGUAGUAAAGUAAAAUUACCAAGCUCAAAUUCAGUUAUUAAGCCUGAAAGAAUAAUAACUGAUCAAGAAAUUAACCAAGAAUCCAUGUCCUUGCAACUUGUCCAAAGUUCAUUUGACAAAGAUACAAAGAUCAACAACAAACAAAUUGUUGUAGUUGAUGAUGGUUCCGAAAACACGGAUGCUAAAGGUGUUAUGCACCUUCUUUCGCCGCCAUUGCCAAAGUCACCUUCUGAGUCGUGGCUUUGUCACGCAUUGCCUUUAGUAUCUUUGAAGAAUUCAUUCGCGUAUUCAAGUCGAGGAAUACAAUCACAUUCUGCUAAAACAUUAGGUUAUAGUAGAGCUUCCAGCUAUAGCAAGUGGGAAACAAUAGUGAAAACUUCAAAUUUGCAUCAUGAUCAUGAAUUCCGUUCUCAGGAACUAACCAUAUAUAAACCUCAGCAUUCAAAAUCAUAGAGAUGGAACUUUGACAUGAUAGCAUAGCCGCGUAGGCGAUCAUAAAAACAAAGAAAGCUUCUUUUGGACUAGUGGUACCUUGAAUGGAUUCAAGAUUUCAUAAGCUAUCCCUAGAAGAGCAUAUAGACUAAUGUUAAGUGCUAUUAUUCUUGCUUCAUUGUUUCUUAUUUUGUAUACAUUCUUUUUGACA